AUGGCUCCCCAGCCUUUCCAGCCUCCCCUCUCACUCUGUCUCAUGGUUCCUCUUCCUCACUGAUUCACUAUCUGUUUGUAUGAGUGGAGGGUUCACCUGGACGUCCUGAAGCCUUGUGUUAUUGUGCUGUUCUGACAUGUAAUUGUCCCACAGGAACAUCGGUGAUGAAGGUCACUGCGUCGGAUGCAGAUGAUCCUACGUAUGGGAGCAGUGCCAGGGUUGUGUACAGCGUACUGGAUGGAGAGAGUUUCUUCACAGUGGACAGACAGACGGGUAAGGGCAGACUCACAGACAUGUAGUAUUACAUAUCAAAUGUUAUUUGUCACAACAGGUGUAGACCUUACCAUGAAAUGCUUACUUACGAGCCCUUAACCAACAAUGCAGAUUUUUUCAAAGUAAGUAAGAAAAAUUUGCUAAAUAAAGUAAAGUCUAUAUACAGUGCCUUGCAAAAGUAUUCAUCCCCCUUGGCAUUUUUUUUCCUAUUUUGUUGCAUUACAACCUGUCAUUUAAAUUGAUUUUAUUUGGAUUUCAUGUAAUGGACACACACAAAAUUGUGCAAAUUGGUGAAGUGAAAUGAAAAAAAUUACUUGUUUCAAAAAAUUUGAAAAAAAUUUAUAACGGAAAAGUCGUGCGUGCAUAUGUAUUCACCGCCUUUGCUAUGAAGCCCCUAAAAAAGAUCUGGUGCAACCAAUUACCUUCAGAAGUCACAUAAUUAGUUAAAUAAAGUCCACCUGUGUGCAACCUAAGUGUCACAUGAUCUGUCACAUGAUCUCAGUAUAUAUAUACACCUAACAACACUAAGCAAGGGGCACCACCAAGCAAGCGGGACCAUGAAGACCAAGGAGCUCUCCAAACAGGUCAGGGACACAGUUGUGGAGAAGUACAGAUCAGGGUUGGGUUAUAAAAAAUAUCAGAAACUUUGAACAUCCCACGGAGCACCAUUAAAUCCAUUGUUAAAAAAUGUAAAGAAUAUGGCACCAUAACAAACCUGCCAAGAGAGGGCCGCCCACCAAAACUCACGGACCAGGCAAGGAGGGCAUUAAUCAGAGAGGCAACAAAGAGACCAAAGACAACCCUGAAAGAGCUGCAAAGCUCCACAGCGGAGAUUGGAGUAUCUGUCCAUAGGACCACUUUAAACCGUACACUCCACAGAGCUGGGCUUUACGGAAGAGUGGCCAGAAAAAAUCCAUUGCUUAAAGAAAAAAAUAAGCAAACACAUUUGGUGUUCGCCAAAAGGCAUGUGGGAGACUCCCUAAACAUAUGGAAGAAGGUACUCUGGUCAGAUGAGACUAAAAUUGAGCUUUUUGGCCAUCAAGGAAAAUGCUAUGUCUGGCGCAAACCCAACACCUCUCAUCACCCCUAGAACACCAUCCCCACAGUGAAGCAUGUUGGUGGCAGCAUCAUGCUGUGGGGAUGUUUUUCAUCGGCAGGGACUGGGAAACUGGUCAGAAUUGAAGGAAUGAUGGAUGGCACUAAAUACGGGGAAAUUCUUGAGGGAAACCUGUUUCAGUCCAGAGAUUUCAGACUGGGACAGAGGUUCACCUUCCAGAGGACAAUGACCCUAAGCAUACUGAGGUCUGGCCUAGUCUAAGCCCAGACCUCAAUCCAAUUGAGAAUAUGUGGUAUGACUUAAAGAUUGCUGUACACCAGCGGAACCCAUCCAACUUGAAGGAGCUGGAGUGGUUAUGCCUUGAAUAAUGUGCAAAAAUCCCAGUGGCUAGAUGUGAAUGGGGGGGGGGGUGUUUCUUUUUUGUUUCACCCAACAACAACAAAAAUGUGCAUCUUCAAAGUGUCUUAUUUCUUGUUUGUUUGCAUGUUGUGUAAAUCAAAUGAUACAAACCCCCCCCAAAAAUCAAUUUUAAUUCCAUGUUGUAAGGCAACAAAAUAGGAAAAAUGCCAAAGGGGGUGAAUACUUUCGCAAGCCACUGUACAAGGGGUACCGGUACCGAGUCCAUGUGCAGGGGUACGGGUUAGUCGAGGUAAUUGAGGUAAUAUAUACAUGUAGGUACGGGUAAAGUGACUAUGCAUAGAUAAUAAACAGAGAGUAGCAGCAGCGUAUGUGAAGAGUGUGAAGGAAUGUGAACGUAUGUGUGUGUGUGGCGUCAAUAUGCAUGUGUUUGCGUGUUUUGUGUGUGUAUCCUUGUGUGUGUGUUGGAGAGUCAGUAUAGUAGGUGUGAGUGUGUGGGUAGAGUCCAGUGAGUGUGUGGUUAGAGUCCAGUGAGUGUGUGGUUAGAGUCCAGUGAGUGUGUGGUUAGAGUCCAGUGAGUGUACAUUGAGCCUGUGCAAGAGAGAAUAAAUAAGAAUUAAAUAAGGGGGUCAAUGCAAAUAGUCUGGGUAGCCAUUUAAUUACAUUAACUGUUCAGCAGUCUUAUGGCUUGGGGGUAGACGCUGUUAAGGAGCCUUUCGGUCCCAGACUUUGCGCUCCGUUACCGCUUGCCAUGCGGUAGCAGAGAGAACAGUCUAUGACUUGGGUGGCUGGAGUCUUUGACAAUUUUUAGGGCCUUCCACUGACACUGCCUGGUAUAGAGGUCCUGGAUACUUUAUCAAAGGAAAUAAUGAUGUAUUUGCAAACAGUGAGUUUAUAUAUUUCUUGUCUCAUACCUCAUAUUGUGUACUUAUAUUUCUCAACAUAUAAGGAUACAUAUUGAAAUGAAAUAGUUCUCAUUACAUCUUCAAGUGUUAUAUUACAGUCUGUUGAGAUGCAGAUAACUGGAAUUGUAUCUCCCAGUCAGCACAUUUGUGGAAAUUUCUUCCUUGUCUGAGGGCCUGUACAUGGGCAUGAACUGUAGUGUCUAAGGCAUAUCCCAAGGUUUGUGUUGCCUGCAAAUGUCCCCCUGCACUAAACUCUUAAUGAUUCCUUUUUUGGUCUCCCCACUUUGAUUCGAUUGGCCUAGUGCCUAGAUGAUAAAUGGCCCUGCCUCAGGUGCGUUGGCCUGGAGACUCGUAGAUCAUACCAAUCUCCAUAGACAAACAUUGGCAGUAGAAUGGCCUUACUGAAGCGCUCAUUGACUUUCAACGUGGCAACGUCAUAGGAUACCACCUUUCCAACAAGUCAGUUUGUCAGAUUUCGUCCCUGAUAGAGCUGCCAGUCAACUGUAAGUGCUGUUAUUGUGACGUUGAAAAGUCUAGGAGCAACAACAGCUCAGCCGCGAAGUGGUAGGCCACACAAGCUCACAGAACGGGACCACAGAGUGCUGAAGCGCGAAACGCCUAAAAAUGUGUCUGUCCUCGGUUGCAACACUCACUGCCGAGUUCCAAACUGCCUCUGGAAGCAAUGACAGCACAAUAACUGUUCUUCGGAAGCUACAUGAAAUGGGUUUCCAUGGCCCGAGCAGCCGCACACAAGCCUAAGAUCGCCAUGCGCAGUGCCAAGCGUUGGCUGGAGUGUUGUAAAGCUCGCCGCCAUUGGACUCUGGAACAGUGGAAACGCCUUCUCUGGAGUGAUGAAUCACAUUACACCAUCUGGCAGUACGACAGACAAAUCUGGGUUUGGCAGAUGCCAGGAGAACACUACCUACCAGAAUGCAUAGUGCCAACUGUAAAGUUUGGUGGAGGAGGAAUAAUGGUCUGGGGCUGUUUUUCAUGGUUUGGGCUAGGCCCCUUAGUUCCAGUGAAGGGAAAUCUUAACGCUACAGCAUACAGUGACAUUCUAGAUUAUUCUGUGCUUCCAACUUUGUGGCAACAGUUUGGGGAAGGCCCUUUCCUGUUUCAGCAUGACAAUGCCCCCGUGCACAAAGCGAGGUCCAUACAGAAAUGGUUUGUCGAGAUUGGUGUGGAAGAACUUGAAUGGCCUGGACAUAGCCCUGACCUCGACCCCAUCGAACACCUUUGGGAUGAAUUGGAGCGCCGACUGCGAGCCAGGCCUAAUCGCCCAACAUCAGUGCCCGACCUCACUAAUGCUCUUGUGGCUGAAUGGAAGCAAGUCCCUGCAGUACUGUUCCAACAUCUAGUGGAAAGCCUUCCCAGAAGAGUGGAGGCUGUUAUAGCAGCAAAUGGGGGACCAACUCCCUAUUAAUGCCCAUGAUUUUGGAAUGAGAUGUCUGAUGAGCAGGUGUCCACAUACUUUUGGUAAUGUAGUGUAGGUGCAGAUAAAAGAGGUCAUCAAGAGAACAGAACAGCUGAGAAUUUCACCUCAUUAAUGUCAUCCCAGUCACUCAAAAGAGUGUUAGUCCUUAACCAUCUUUUUGUUUCCAUGACCAAUGGCCUAUGUCUGAGGGAUUUUUUUAAGGAACGCUAUGUCUUUUGAAUGUAUUUUAACUUCAUAUCAUGGUAUUUGGUAUUGAAGUUCAAGUUUGAGUUACUUCUCAGGAUGAAAGCCUAAGGAUUCUACUUAAUUAUAUUCCAUACAUUUCCAGAGACAUAACAACUUCUUGGAACUCUGCUUUCACUACCCUGUCAGAAAAAUAAAUUUACGUUUUGGCAAUUUUGCAGAGACUCUUAUCCAGAGCGACUAACGGUCAAAUACACAGGGCUCAGUCAUUGACAAUUGAUGUGCAAUAUAUUUUAUUAAUGAAAUCCCUUUCAAGCAUGUUACAAACGUUAGCAGUCAAGAAACAUUUGAUUGAGUUGAAUGAGAUCUUACUAAGAAAGAGCUGAUGCAAAAAGCUGCAUUUCUGAUAUCUCCUAUGCCCUUGGUUCUUGAAAGCAGUAUUAUGUGCCUCCAUAUCCCACAGUGGAAUUUGACUAUGUACUGUAUGCUGACAUAGAAACAUUGCCUGCAGCUACUUGAUGUUAAAUGUGAGUGGAAUCUCUAAUUUGUGUGUCUAGCAGACAAGCACAAUGCAAGGCACUGGGAGAGAUGCCAUCAACUCGGGCAAUGCAACAAUGGAAUUUGAUGCAGAUAUCCCACCAGGGAAUAUAAUUGUAGUAGUCAGCGGCACAUAUCUCCCGCUAUUUGACCAGAGAGUUGACUCUUUACAUUAUCAUCUCGUUCAGUGAGUCUUGGAUCGGUAUGAAAAUAUAUACGGAUGGAAAUUGCACUGAAAGGAGAAGAAAUUCACAUCCUGCCCUGCUUUUGUAUUUCUGUUUUGAAAUACUCUGAGGAUGUUAACAAUUCCAAUUGAGUUCCGGGUGUAUACUGCCCAUGGUAUAUUGCCAUGUUAUUUUAUGCCAGGUUCUUGGAGAAACAUACCUAGAAAGGUCAUGUUUGGGGUAAGGUGGUAAACAUACAUAUAUUUAUGGCAUUGUUAAAGUGUCGGAACUUCACAAAAUGCUCACUCGAGUCAGAUGAAGAGAAGUCAUGAGAUUUUUGGUUUUCUCUCUUAAAUCCCAUCCUCCCCAACUGCCAGUGAAAGACGUGAACAGGCUUUUUCGCCGGAACAUUCUUCAGUGGUGUGUGCCUUCAUUCUGGCCCCUAUAUAUUAUUCAUUUUAAUACAGCUCAGCCGUAAUGAUAUAAGCAUGGAGGCAAGGAUGUGACACAAUCUACUCUAUCAAGACGAGCCGAGACGGUGAAAUGGAAUGUGCCGCACUUGUGCCUCUAAUAGAGUGCUUAACUGAAGUUGAUAUUCGCAACUAGAGAAGAUUUAGCAGGCUAUCACAUAUGAGAGCUGAGCGCUAACGUGACCUUUCCCUUUCGGCGUCUCUCUCGCCCUCCAUCUUUCUCCCCCCUCUCUCUCUUUCUCUCUUAUCAGGACUGAUUCGGACAGCCGUGGCAGAUCUGGACCGGGAGAAGCAGGAUCGCUACGAGCUGGUCGUCAAGGCAACCGACAUGGCAGGCCAAAUGGGCGGUCUCUCCGGCUCCACCACAGUGACCAUAGUUAUCACAGAUGUUAAUGACAACCCACCACGCUUUCCGCAGAGUGAGUCACUCUCUUAUUAAGAGGCGGGACGAGAUAUAUGCUUGCGGUGCACUUACACCCAUCAGUAAUAUAAUGAAGUAGUCAGAAGCACAUGGAGAAAAUAAUUUCACUUAUAUUUAUCCACAGGUCUAACACUAUGCUUAGAAGGGUUAGGCAAUCAACUGAUGAAAAUGGUUUUGGGAGUUUCCAUAUGUCUGCAUAUGAUAAGACACAUAAUCAGUUGAGCCGAUUAACAAUUUUUUUAUUCCAGUGGUAUGGAUUUAUGCUGUUGACAUUCAUAAUGUAUCAGCUGGAGAAAGGUCAAAGGCCAUAAUGGAACACGGUUGUCAAUAUACAGGGUCCUGUUUGAAUACUUCAGAAAUGCAUCCUUCCUUCCUGCCUACUCACAGUACUCACAGAUCUGAACUGGUGAAAUUAAUAGGUUGGUGAGCUUGCUUACCCUUUUCCAAUCACUUAUAGAUCUGUGCUAAGUUUAAGGAAACAAGGAAGGAAGGUUGCCUGUCUAAAUAAUUUAAACAGGGCCUUGCAUUUUCCUGCAAUUUAGAAUUCUGAUACUUUUCUAUUUUAUUUCUCAGAGCGUCUUUGAUAAAUGAAACUCAAGUGAACAAACUUGAACCAAAGCAGUACUACACACAACUCAACCUUCGGCUCUCCCGAGCCCGUUGGGGAGUUGCAGUGAUAAGACAAGUUUGUAAUCACGAAAUUGGGGAGAAAAAAGGGCAAAUUUUUUUUUUAUGAAUGGGAUUGUGCGACAUGUGCAGCUGUUUUAUUUAUCUGUGUGUGGUGAGUGUAGUGAAAGGUGUCAGGCGCAGGAGGGUAAUCACAGAAUACAGAGUUUAUUCCUUAGUUGACACACAAAUGUGCUCCAAUAGCUAUCAACGAAACAGGCACAGGGGAAACAAACAUCCCUGGCAAUUACACUGUAACGGAAUCCAAUAAUACAUAGGCACAGGGGGAAAAUCUACCCUGGCAACACAAUGUUAUGAGUAGCUCCACCGAGCUACAUACUCUCACAAUUAAUCAAUCACCCACAAGGACAAGGGGGCAGAGGGAACACUUAUACACAGACAAAUUAGGGGAUUAGAACCAGGUGUGUGUGAUUGACAAGACAAUUGUGAUGAUGAUUGGGGCGGCAGUGGUUAGUACUCCGGUGACGACGAACACCGAAGCCUACCCGAACAAGGAGGGGGGGCAGCCUCGGCCGAAGUCGUGACACUGUGUCCCACAUGGUUGGGGUCAAUUUUAUUUAAAUUCUAUCCAUUCAGGAAGUAAACUGAAAUCCCAAUUCCCAAUUACAUUUUGUUCUCAUUGAGAAUCAUUGAGGAGAAUUAGAUUUUCUGUUUUGAAUUGACGCUGGCAUCCCACACAAAAUGUGGCUUUGUGCUGUGGUCCAAAAAAAGUUAAUUAGAAAGUCUAUUUAAAAAUUCUACAGGAGAGUAUUGAAAGAGUUAGCUUAAACCCUGCUAUAUGUGGUGGCAGUAGACUCAAUGCCCUAACAAUUAUCACCUGUGGGUGAGCAUCUUUAACAGACCUUAACAUAAAUGCAUCAUGCCUUGGUCUAACCUGAGCCAAAGACCCAGUGCAUUUAUGUGUUUAUUUGGAUCCCCAUUAGCUUUUGCAGAAGCAGCAGCUACUCUUCCUGGGGUCCACAAAAAAACACAAAACAUGACAAGUAACCAAAACACUGAUACACUGAUAGACAAGGACAGUCACACAAAUGUAAAAUACACAACGACAUACAAACAAUACAACAACAACAAUUAUGUGUGUUAGAGUGUGUGUGUGUGUGCGCGCGUGUCUGUGUCCCCUCACAGUCCCUGCAUUUCAUUAGUUGUUGUUUAAUCUGUUUUUUUUUUAAGUACAUUUUGCUGUUUGCUUGAGUAAUUGGAGAUGGAAGGGAGUUCCAUGCGAUCAUGGCUCUGUAUAAAACUGUACGUUGCCAUGGAUUCGUUUUGGAGUUGGGGACUGUGAAGAGACCCCUGGUCACAGUAAUAUUUCUCAUUGAAACUAGAAGAGAAGCAGUUCAUCUCUCGUCAACCCUCAACCAGGAAAGACUGGCAUGCAUGUUGUUGAUGUUAGUUCUGUAUGUGCAGUUAAGGGCAAGGCGUGCUUCUCUGUUUUGAGCCAGCAUCAGCUUUGCUAUGUCUUUCUUUGCAGGACUUGACCAUAUUAUUUGACAGUAAUCAAGAUGGGACAAGAUCAGAGCCUGAACAACUAGUACAGUUGAUUUUUGUGUCAAAAACGCAGAUCAUUUUUCUAACAGACAUACCCCUCCCCAUCUUCACAACUUUGUGCAUAUGACUUGCCCAUGAUAAUUGACCAUCCUUUGUUAUACCUAGAAGUUUAGCUUUCUCAACUUGCUCUGACAUGUAGAGUGUGGAAUCAGCUGCAUACGUAGUCAUUCUAGCUUUGUGUAAGACUAGUGGCAAAUCAUUUGGAAACAUAGAUAAGAGUAACGGCCCAAGUCAACUGCCCUAAGGGACACCACACUGUACAUAUCUGAUGUUAGAGAAUCUUCCAUUGAAGAACACUCUCUGUGUUCUAUAUUAACUUUCCAACCAUGUGAUGGCAGAUGAUGUAAAGCCAUAGCAAGUUAGUUUUUUCAGUAACAAUUUAUGAUCAAUAACUUCAAAGGCUCCACUGAAAUCUAACAAUACAGCUCCAACUAUCUUAUCUUAUCUUAUCUUAUCUUAUCUUAUCUUAUCUUACUUUAACCAGUCAUCAGUCAUCUGAGUCAGUGCAGUACAAGUUCAGUGCCCUUCUCUAUAUGCAUCAGUAGUUUACUUUUCUCAGAAAAAUAGCAUCGUAUUUGGUCAAACACAAUCCUCUCCAUCAGUUUACUAAGAACAGGCAGCAAACUGUUUGGGUGGCUGUUAGAGCCAGCAAUGGGUGCUUUACUAUUUUUAGGCAGUGGAAUUACUUUCGCUUCCUUCCACGCCUGUGGACACACACAUUCCUUUAGGCUUUGGUUAAAGAUAUAGCAAAUAGGGCAUUGAAUCGAGUACCAAUGGGAUUAUGGGUCAAACACCAGGGGUGGAUGGAUGCAUGUUGUCUCUACAGAAUAAAGAUCCUGGGUGAAUUAUCUUUUUGCUGAUUAUGGAAGUGCUCAUACAUAGAGUAAAUUGUGGGCUUAUGAAUUGAAGGCAUUUUUCUUUCUUCCUCCUCCUCCCAAUCGUCUUCAUCAUCUACUUCUCUUCCUCCCUCCCAAAUCUUAUUUCCUCCUCCUCCUCGUCCUCCUCCUCAUCAUCAUCCUUUUUUCAUCAUGCUUACCCUAAUCUUCACCCUCCUCCACCUUCUCUCCUCUUCUUCCUCAUAUCUCCCCCGCCACUUUCUCCACCUACUCCCCACUCCUCUUCUUCAGAGAUGUACCAGUUUUCGGUGUCUGAGGGGGCAGCCGUGGGGACGCCGGUGGGGAGGGUGAUCGCCACGGACGCAGACAUGGGGGAGAACACAGACAUGAGCUACCUGAUCAAAGAUGAGGAGGGUGGGGAACUCUUCAAGGUCACCACCGACAGUGACACGCAAGAGGCCAUCAUCACCAUCAAAAAGGUGGGAGUAAAAUACAGUUUUACCACCUAAUGGUUAUAGUUAGGAUUUGAUUUGAUUUGGAUUGUAACCUGAUCCUAGAUCUGUGUCUAUGGGUAACUUCUACUCAAGGUUAGAGUAUGAUAAAGUUGCCCCGUAAACAAUGAUCUAAGAUCAAUUUUUGUGCUGAUCCUAGAUAGGUUAGAUUUGUAUAAAGUUGCUCCUGAACACUGUUCUAAGAUCUGUGCCUACAUGAAGCAAAAGCUUACAGUACAAAACCUUCUACUUUCUGUAACAAAGAAUGUGCCAGUGAUGUGAUAUUUCUUUGUUACAUUUUGUAAAGCACAAAGAAGUUCAGUCUAUCGUCACAGCAAUUAUAAGUCUUAAUUGCAGAAUGAUCCUUCUAAUUCCUGCUUGUCUUGAUUCUAUCUAAUCUUAAUUAAGUUGAACCAAUAUGUUGAUUGACUGUGUGGGUAGGAAAUCAUGACAUUCUAUCACAUCAGAACAUUGUCAUAUAUUGUCACUAAUCUUAACUGAUUGCUUGGAAGAUAAAGAUGUAAUAUACCAGAGACCUUUGACAACCACUCACCUGGCAAACUAAAGCUGCAGUAUGAUAGAAUAACAUAGGAUUCACUUUAAUGUCCCUGAGGGGAUCAUGGUCUUAGACACACAGUGCUACUGUACACAAAAUAAUCACUGUGCAUUACAACCUCAACAUACUACAUGCAUUGCAUGUUACCGAUGUCAUACACAUUGUACAUGUCUCGUACAGCUACAUACAGUGCAUUCGGUAAAGUAUUCAGACCCCUUCUCUUUUUCCACAUUCUGUUACUAUAUAGCCUUAUUUUGAAAUUGAUUAAAUAAAUAAAAAUCCUCAUCAAUCUACACACAAUACCCCAUAAUGACAAAGCAAAAACAGGUUUUUAGAAAUAUUUACAUAAGUAUUAAGACCCUUGCUAUGAGACUUGAAAUUGAGCUCAGGUGCAUCCUGUUUCCAUUGAUCAUCCUUGAUAUUUUUCUACAACUUGAUUGGAGUCCACCUGUGGUGAAUUCAAUUGAUUGGACAUGAUUUGGAAAGGCACACACCUGUCAAUGUAAGGUCCCACAGUUGACAGUGCAUGUCAGAGCAAAAACCAAGCCAUGAGGUGGAAGGAAUUGUCCGUAGAGCUCCGAGACAGGAUUGUGUCGAGGCACAGAUCUGGGGAAGGGUACCAAAAAAUUUCUGCAGCAUUGAAGGUCCCCAAGAACACAGUUGCCUCCAUCAUUCUUAAAUGGAAGAAGUUUGGAACCACCAAGACUCUUCCUAGAGCUGGCUGCCCGGCCAAACUGAGCAAUCGGGGGAGAAGGGCCUUGGUCAGGUAGGUGACCAAGAACCCGAUGAUCACUCUGAUAGAACUCCAGAGUUCCUCUGUGGAGAUGGGAGAACCUUCCAGCAGGACAACCAUCUCUGCAGCACUCCACCAAUCAGGCCUUUAUGGUAGAGUGGCCAGACGGAAGCCACUCCUCAGUAAAAGGCACGUGACCAUGAGAAACAAAAUUCUCUGUUCUGAUGAAACCAAGAUUGAACUCUUAGGCCUGAAUGCCAAGCGUCACGUCUGGAGGAAACCUGGCACCAUUCCUACGGUGAAGCAUGGUGGUGGCAGCUCAUGCUGUGGGGAUGUUUUUCAGCGGCAGGGACUGGGACACUAGUCAGGAUCGAGGGACAGAUGAAUAGAGCAAAGUACAGAGAGAUCCUUGAUCAAAACCUGCUCCAGAGCACUCAGGACCUUAGACUGGGGCGAAAGUUCACCUUCCAACAGGACAACGACCCUAAGCACACAGCCAAGAUAACGCAGGAUUGGCUUCGGGAACAAGUCUCUUAAUGUCCUUGAGUGGCCCAGCCAGAGUCUGGACUUUAACCUGAUCGAACAUCUCUGGAGAGACCUGAAAAUAGCUGUGCUGUGACGCUUCCCAUCCAACCUGACAAAGCUUGAGAAGAUCUGCAGAGAAGAAUGGGAGAAACUCCCCAAAUACAGAUGUGCCAAGCUUGUAGUGUCAUACCCAAGAAGACUCUAGGCUGUAAUCGCUGCCAAGAUGCUUCAACAAAGUACUGGGUAUAGGGUCUGAAUACUUAUGUAAAUGUAAUAUUUCAGUUUUUUUAUAUUUAAUAUAUUUGCAAACAUGUGUUCUUAAUGUUUGCAAUAUAUUUGAUAGACAAUGAAGGAGUACUUAUACCUGUUCAGCUUACACGUAGGCACCCUUUGUGAUAUGUCACUGCUUUAGCUCCUCUCUGUUUGUGCUCUGUUAAGGCAUUGGAUUUUGAGAGCAAGCGCACACACAACGUGGUGGUGGAGGCUGUCAACAAGCACGUAGACCCCCGCUUUUCUGAGCUGGGCUCGUUUCGGGACCAGACCAUCGUGCGGGUCAGCGUAACUGACACUGAUGAGCCGCCGGUCUUCCACCCUGCCGAGGGAGCCAUCUUGGAGGUCCAGGAGGAUGCCAGGCUAGGUGCGCUGGUGGGCACUGUGACUGCCAAGGACCCGGACAUGGAGAACGCACCUGUCAGGUAUGGAUCAUGGAUCCUACUGUAACAGCGUUUCAGGUAGGUCACUGUGGCUAUUUGAUCAUAAUGUACAGUAAGCCUAUCAGAGUGGCCUACCAUCAAAAAUGAUUGAGAAAAUGCAUCCCAUAACAUUUUCAGAUGGAAAUAGCUAUUCUGUGAUACAUCCUACAGUAGCAGCCAUGUGUGGUGUUCAAUGUUUUUAGUCACCUGCUUGUCCUUCAGACAAGUAAGUGACUAACAUUGUAUUAUGUGAUGAUGCAAGAAACACAAAAUAAAAUGCAUUAUUAUUCCCAUACCAUUAUUAGUACAGAGAAUCAGACAAUAAUGGAGGCUAUGCUACCUUCUGCCUAUUGGCUUCUUAGCUUAUUCUAGCCGGUCUCAAAAUACAACACUGCCCCUUUAAGACAAACAUUUCUUUACCUUGAAAUGUAAACAUUUUGUUCUCUUGUUGGAAGCAAUCACUCGCCUAUUGCUGACCAGAAAUUAGCUACAGUGAGGGAAAAAAGUAUUUGAUCCCCUGCUGAUUUUGUAUGUUUGCCCACUGACAAAGACAUGAUCAGUCUGUAAUUUUAAUGGUAGGUUUAUUUCAACAGUGAGAGACAGAAUAACAACAGAAAAAUCCAGAAAAACGCAUGUCAAAAAUUGUAUAAAUUGAUUUGCAUUUUAAUGAGGGAAAUAAGUAUUUGACCCCUCAGCAAAACAUGACUUAGUACUUGGUGGAAAAACCCUUGUUGGCAAUCACAGUGGUCAGACGUUUAUUGUAGUUGGCCACCAGUUUUGCACACAUCUCAGGAGGGAUUUUGUUCCACUCCUCUUUGCAGUUCUUCUCCAAGUCAUUAAGGUUUCAAGGCUGACGUUUGGCAACUCAAACCUUCAGCUCCCUCCACAGAUUUUCUAUGGGAUUAAGGUCUGGAGACUGGCUAGGCCACUCCAGGACCUUAAUGUGCUUCUUCUUGAGCCACUCCUUUGUUGCCUUGACCGUGUGUUUUGGGUCAUUUUCAUGCUGGAAAACCCAUCCACGACCCAUUUUCAAUGCCCUGGCUGAGGGAAGGAGGUUCUCACCCAAGAUUUCACGGUACAUGGCCCCUGUCCAUCAUCCCUUUGAUGAGGUGAAGUUGUCCUGUCCCCUUAGCCGAAAAACACCCCCAAAGCAUAAUGUUUCCACCUCCAUGUUUGAUGGUGUGGAUGAUGUUUUUGGGGUCAUAGGCAGCAUUCCUCCUCCUCCAAACACGGCGAGUUGAGUUGAUGCCAAAGACCUCGAUUUUGGUCUCAUCUGACCACAACACUUUCACCCAGUUCUCCUCUGAAUCAUUCAGAUGUUCAUUGGCAAACUUCAGACGGCCCUGUAUAUGUGCUUUCUUGAGCAGGGGGACCUUGCGGGUGCUGCAGGAUUUCAGUCCUUCACGGCGUACUGUGUUACCAAUUGUUUUCUUGGUGACUAUGGUCCCAGCUGCCUUGAGAUCAUUGACAAGAUCCUCCUGUGUAGUUCUGGGCUGAUUCCUCACCGUUCUCAUGAUCAUUGCAACUCCACGAGGUGAGAUCUUGCAUGGAGCUCCAGGCCGAGGGAGAUUGACAGUUCUUUUGUGUUUCUUCCAUUUGCAAAUAAUCGCACCAACUGUUGUCACCUUCUCACCAAGCUGCUUGGCGAUGGUGAUUCCAGCCUUGUGUAGGUCUACAAUCUUGUCCCUGACAUCCUUGGAGAGCUCUUUGGUCUUGGCCAUGGUGGAGAGUUUGGAAUCUGAUUGAUUGAUUGCUUCUGUGGACAGGUGUCUUUUAUACAGGUAACGAGCUGAGAUUAGGAGCACUCCCUUUAAGAGUGUGCUCCUAAUCUCAGCUCGUUACCUGUAUAAAAGACACCUGGGAGCCAGAACUCUUUCUGAUUGAGAGGGGGUCAAAUACUUAUUUCCCUCAUUAAAAUGCAAAUCAAUUUAUAACAUUUUUGACAUGCGUUUUUCUGGAUUUUUUUGUUGUUAUUCUGUCUCUCACCAUUAAAAUUAUAGACUGAUCAUUUCUUUGUCAGUGGGUAAACGUACAAAAUCAGCAGGGGAUCAAAUACUUUUUUCCUUCACUGUAUAACUGGGCUAAUAACUCACUAUUUUAUAUCAAAACUGUAACAAGGUGAGUAGGACGGAGCCAGGCGCAGGAGGUGGGAAUCAUAGAAUAGGGUUUAUUUGACCAAUACAGCAGUCCACAGCAAUGUGUAAACCAAAUAGAGUGUGACUUUAAUGCGUACUGGGAAAGCAAAACACACGGGUGACUAUCCCGGCGAUAAAAGUAACAAAAGAGAUAGCGACACCUCCACAUGGAACAAUAACACACAAAGACAUGGGGGAGCAUAGGGAAUACUUAUACAGAGACUGAUGAGGGGCUAUGUACCAGGUUUGUGUGAAAAACAAGACAAAACAAAUGGAAUGAUGAAAAGAGCAGCGGCAGUGGCUAGAAGGUCGGUGACGACGAACGCCGAAGCCUGCCCGAAUAAGGAGAUGAGGCAGCUUCGGAGGGAGUCGUAAGAGUGGACCAGCCACCACCGGCCUGAGGAGAGAUAUGUGAAACGAGGGGUUAAUUACGGUAAUCAGGAGGGAGUAGUAACCUAUACGUAACCCUGUUUACUCUCCUCAGGACUUUGAAUGGCCCCACAAACCGCGGGCCCAGCUUCCGGUAGGGCAGGCGGAGGGUCGAGAGCCAGACACGAUCAUCCGGUACAAAGACCGGGGUGGCGGUCAGCGUUGGACUUCUGGUGAUGCAUGGCGCGCUGGAGGUGGAACGUGGGUGGCGUUCCACGUCUCCUCCGUGCGCCGAAACCAGUCGUCCACCGCAGGAAAUUCGGUCUGGCUCUGAUGCCACGAUGCCAGGACUGGCUGAUACCCUAAAACACAUUGAAAUGGUGACAUGUUAGUGGAGGAUGGCAAGAACACCGACCACUCCCCCGGCCGGUCCUGGCAGUAGACCGCAGAAACCUACCCACAUCCUGAUUCACCCGUUCCACCUGCCCAUUAGAUUUGGGGAGAAACCAAGAGGUCAGGCUGACCGAGACCCCCAGACGUUCCAUGAACGCCUUCCAGACCCUAGACGUAAACUGGGGACCCCGGUCAGACACUAUGUCCUCUGGCACCACGUAGUGCUGGUCGCCUGCGUUUUGGAAAAGGUGUGUGCCAAAUCGAGGUAUUUGGGGGGAAUGCGCACGGUGGAGGCAUUGUCUGGACUUUCCACCAUGGUCAUACCAACGGAAAAAGCUAGACACCUACCCUGACACUCUCGCGACCACCCCGUGAGAGCCCUCUGCGGCCAUGAAAAGGUGGGGUCGUGUAGUGCUAGCCAGGGAAGGCCCAACACAACAGGGAAAUCAAGGGACUCAAUAGUAUGAAACGUGAUAUGCUCAUUAUGGGUCUCCUGCGUAAUCAUAGUGACUGGUGCGGUAGCCUCUAACAAAACCUGACUCUAAUGGUCGAUUGUCAAGUACUUUGACAGGCAAUGGAAUAGACAGGGGAACCAAUGUAAUACGUAGACUAAGAGCUAAAGACCUGUCCAUAAAGUUCCCAGCUGCGCCUGAAUCUACCAGCGCCUUACACUGGGGAACUACCGUGUAAUCAGGGAAGUUGACAUGGAUGGUUAAAUGCGCAGCAGAGGACUCUGAAUGAGUGUGGAACCUAGAAACAAAAGGGUUCUUACCUGGACCAAAAAGGGUUCUUCAAAGGGUUCUCCUAUGGGAACAGCCGAAUAACCAUUUUAGGUUCUAGAUAGCACCUUUUCUUCUAAUAGUGUAUAAUAAGACAUUCCAUUAGUAUAAUGUAUAGUUCACUAGUAAAGAAGUAGAACGUUCAACAAAUAGAAACUUGUUUAUACUGUAGCUUUAAAUGACCCAACUUUAUUUGUGCAAUUUCAUGUCAAAAUAAAAUAAGGACUACAUAACUGCAUUUAUAGGACUGCAUUUAUAAAUAAGUAAUUGUAAGAUAUUCACUAACACUGCUGAUGCAAAUGUCAUCUUAUAUCAACAAACAUUGAGAUGAGCCCCGAUACAAACAACCAUCCCAGGUUGUCAUGGAGCGUACAUGGAGUUUGGGAUUGACAUUUCAAUCCAAACAAUGGUAAUAAACACACCAUGGGAAGACACCGCUCCAUAAAACAAAUAUGAAUCAUGAAUACAUUGAUUCAUUAAUUUUUACGACGUCAGGACCACAUUACCGAAGGCUACCGCAUUGACUGAUGACCGUGCUAGAGGGUUCAUCAAUAUCUCACACGGCUUUGAGUUCUAUUUAUGGACAAAAUUAUAUUAUUUCGUGCCAGAGCCUCUUUGGUGGAGGAAUAAAAGAGGCUAGUCGAGUGCGAUGGACAGAGCUUCACACACACCGACACACACAGGAUGUGCAAAUUACCUGUAUUAAAAAUGCAUGAGGCUGAACUGAAAGUGCUCCAGGUGUAAUAAAGUACAACACAAUGGCAGUGCCGGCACCUGAGUGUUGGCGCGGUACCAUGCCCAUCGAUAUCACUUUAAUCAUCUCUAUUGGAUGGAACUAACCCAGGUGCCCGGUGCCCAAGGGCCAUCACUCUCUCACACCCCUGCCACCCUGCACUAACUGGGCAUUGGUGGCCACUGGCUGGCAUUGGCGGGUACCAGCAGGCGCUGUACCAAGGGGCUAAGAGGCCCAGAUGAAUGAACACAGCCUCUGGAAACAAAAGCUGACCAAGCUUUUCUUUGUUUGGCUCUGUAUCGGCUGGGGAAUAAUUAAUGGUUUCUUGAAACGGAAGUGUAUGGGUAGUUGUGUUCUCAAAACAAUUUAGUGGCAUACAAUAUCUUAUUAGUGCUUUCCGGUUUUCUGGAAAUGUGUACUUCUCCAUAAAUAUAUUAGAGUGCUGACAUAAUUGCAAUUGCUAUAGAAUGCACUGGUAACAUCUACAUAAUUUCCCCUCACCACCUACAAUAUCACUUUUGAAUGUUGAAAUAUAAUUGUAUGUAAUUUACAUAAUUAUUGUGUAGGUGUCACAGUUUGUCCCCAAUUCUUGCAUAAAUAAAACAUAUUUUUAUGAUAGCUUUGUGAGUUUAGCAAUAUGAAUGUAGUAUGUUUGGUAUAAACAUUGCAGCUACAAUUCAGAUUCAGAUUUUAAUAAAAAUAGAACCCCCCCCCCCCCCCCCCCCCAUAGCUACUUUAUUGAGGAAAAAUUUACUUUCUAUGCCUAUGGUAUGUAGUUGUCCCACCUAGCUAUCUUAAGAUGAAUGCACUAACUGUAUGUCGCUCUGGAUAAGAGUGUCUGCUAAAUGACUAAAAUGUAAAAUGUAGAACAGGCAGACUAAUGCAAUAUGACUAGAAUAAUCUAGAAUAAUCUACAGUAACUGUGGAUGCAGUAUGGUCUCCAAACCUAGACUAUAAGAAGCUCAUCUCACUGUAACCCUUUUAGCAAUCUUAUAUAACAUGUACAAAGACCCGACUAAUCCCUUUGAUGAGCUUUUUGUGGAAAAGGUAGAAAAAGAAACUGAUGAUCCUCAUAAUAUGUAAUUCAAGUCCCGGUGGACAUACAAUCCUGCUGAAAAAUAAGAGAAACUAGUCACCGUAUUUUGUUGGCUCUGUACUCACCUGAACGGUCCAUCUGUAGCCAACCACAAGGAUGUGCAAAUGUAUUUUGGUUUCAUUGGAGUGCACCAUUAAAUAUUAAUUCUAAUGUGUUUCCUCCAGCAAAGGCUGAAACCGCAGACAUGUUUGGGGACAAAGGUGCAGUAGGGACACAAGCACAGCGGCUAAAUGCAUCAUUAUUUUCAUCGUCUUUUGAAUCUGGCUCACAGUUUCCCACUUGAAAAUGCUAAUGUUUGGUGUCACAGUGUUAGGGCAGCCACUGAAAAAGUCUUGCAGAUGGACUCAGAAUUGUAUUAUGUACUCCCCUUUUUUCUCACUCUCCCUACCAGGUACUCUAUUGACUGGAGUACGGACCAGGAGCAGAUCUUCCACAUUGACCCAGUGUCGGGUGCCAUCACGCUGGGCAAUAUUCUGGACCGAGAGACGGCUGGCUGGCACAACAUCACUGUGACGGCAGUGGAAGCA